CAAUAUGAGCAAUAAUAUUAUAUGUUUAUUCCUAAAAUGUCCUAUCAAUAUAAUUCAACAGAUUCAGUUUGCUGAUAAUUACUAAGAUUUAAACUCUAAAUUUGUAAACAGACUUUUUGGGGCUUCAUUAUUUACAAAGCUCAGCUAUUACUUUGUUGAAAUGGUAAAUGUUUGGAAACUACCUUCUUCCCAAACGCGACUUUUAUGUUUAUUUGUUUAUAUGCACUGGCCUCAGUAAAUUGUCUGCACCUGAACGCAGCAUGUGUUUACAGUGACAUUGACAGCAGCAGGGAACACGUGUACAAGAAGUGGGCUUCCCAAAAUGUAAAAUUUGAGCUUUCUGAUUAGUUGGCGAAUAAAAGGGGUGUGCUUUUCUCUUAAUUUUCUGAUGCUGGCUGCGGUUAUGCAAAGACAUUUUCCUGCAGGCAGCGGCAUGGAGGGGAAAGUGCGCUCAUCAGUUUGAGUGCAGGUUAAGUUAUCCUGAAUUUAUUUGGAAAACCAUGGACGUCUGCACUAAACCUUUGUGCUACGAGCUCCUGGCAGAAGUCGGAGAAGGCUCGUACGGUAAAGUGUAUAAAGCCCGAGAGGUGGGGGAGAAACAGCGCCUCCUGGCGGUGAAGAAAUUCAACAUCCGCGGAGACACGUCAGGGACCGGGAUCCCUGCUUUCAUGAUCCGCGAGGUGGCGCUGCUGCGCAAAAUGAAGUACUUCAACCAUCCAAACAUAGUCAAGCUGUUGGAUGCGUCUGCUAUACCAGUGGGCCGGAGCCUGGACCUCACUCUGGUGUUGGAAUACAUUGACCAGGAUCUGUCCGCCUACCUCUCCAAGGUUCCUGCUUCUGGACUGAGCCGUGACUGUAUCAAGGAUGUGAUGCAGCAGCUGCUGCGAGGAUUGGACUUCCUACACACGAACAUGGUGCUGCACCGUGACCUUAAACCAGAAAACAUCCUGGUCAGCAGCCGUGGAGAAGUCAAGAUUGCAGACUUUGGACUGGCUCGCAUCUACACCUUCAAUAUCGCUCUCACUCCAGGUGUGGUGACGCUGUGGUACAGAGCUCCCGAGGUGCUGCUGAACUCUGUUUACAUGUCCUCAGUGGACAUGUGGAGCGCUGGCUGCAUCUUCACUGAGCUCUUCCUCUUGAGACCACUGUUUCAGGGAUACACAGAGGUACAGCAGCUGCAAAAAAUCUUCGAGGUGAUUGGUUUGCCCAGUGAGGAGGACUGGCCCAAGGACAGCCCGAUCUCAUACUCAGUCCACUGGGGACCAAAAGGCUCCUGCACCAAGCUGCUGCAAAACCUGGGCCCAGAUGAGAACGACCUACUAUCGAAAUGUUUGGCAUUCAGACCGAGCAGUCGCAUCUCAGCUGCCAAAGCCCUGGCUCAUCCUUUCUUCAUGAAGCACUGAAGAUUUCAGUCGAAUGCUGAGUGGAAGAAGAAAGACUUCAGCUCCUUCUGCCUCCUCCUCCCUGCCUGACUCUACUGUCAGCUACACUAACUAGCCUUGUGCCAUAAAAUCCAUCGUACACUUUGGUCAGAACGUCGACUGUUUAUUGGCUUUGACAGCUUUAAACAUCAGCUCACCAGCAUCAUGAGAAACUGUGGUCAGGUUUUAGGGAACAACUUUACACCUUUUAAACAUCAGUAAAUAAAAAAACACAUUAUGCCUGACUAGUAGAACAUGUCUCUGAUGGCACAAAAUCCUGAACACAGUAACAUAGAUUGUGAUAAAAUUUCAAAAUAUGUAUUUGGUAAACAAAACAUUAGACAUUUUCGAAAGGAUUGCUCCAUAACAGUUUUAUUUACUUAGCUGUAUCAAUUUCUAAACUUGACCUGCCUUCAUAUGGUCGGACUAAAAGUAUGUUGUUCUUUGAUUUGAGUAUAUGUACGUUGUGAAUUUCCACAAAAUGUAGUGCUACUUUGUUGUUGUUGAGUGUUACUAUUAAAAGUAGGGAUUCUGUUUUGCUGUAAACUACUGACGCCACUAUUAUGAGCACCUUUAAGUUGAUGAGUUGGUUUAUGUUGCUUCACCAAAGCUUUUUUUGUUCUAGACUUGUAUACACUGGCGGAAAUGUCCUAAAUUUUUGUUAUUUUUGUGAAGAUAUUUAUGGUGUAAUCACUGGAAUACAUUACACCUGUAUUUAUGUUUGUAUUAACAGAUUAUACAAGAUAUUUUUCUACACGAGUUGCACUGUUCAAGAAGCAUUUCUAUAAAUAAUUGUCCCUAAAAA